UUUUGUUACUUUUAAGGUUGGUGCAAAUACAGUAAAGUAAACGGUUCUUGGUAAAGAACAAUAAUUCCCGGUCUUUUGUAUGUUUUGAAAUAAAUUCGCAUUGAACCAUGGGAGCAAAAGAAUUCUGGGAAUGUUGCACAUGAAAUUUGACAGACGUAUGCGAAGAAUGGACCAUCUCCCUCGUGUAUCAGAGAUCCUAUAUGCCGGCCUGUGUCAAAGGAUAGGGUCACCAUCAGAGGUGGCAAUUAGAAGGGACGUGCAGGACAUGGUAGAAAUGGUGAUGAAACCAUAUUAUAGGCAGAUAGGAUAUGUACAGAUGAAAAGUGGAAGUUAUGGCGAGGGAUUUAGGCUACGAUCAUCUGAUUUGGAUCUAAUGUUUUGGUUUUGUCAUGAUAAACUAAUAGUUGGCAUCUCUCAAGCUCAGUUUUACAAUACAUCAAAACAUGAUAUUAUACUCAUGGAAGAUUCUGACACGCCUCCAGGAUUUGUAAGAUUACGCCUUUUGCACCUUUCGGUAUCCUCACAAAAUUUCACAGAACAAUGUCUUUUACCCUUUAAUGACGGUCUCUAUAUAUCUAGUUCUUUGUGGAGAGAAAGAAAUUAUCAUCAUUUUUCAAAUGGCAUGUACAAAUUUUUCCGAUAUGAAAAUCUCUCCAUCCACGGUCCUUGUGCAAGCGGUUUCCUCGGUCCGAUUGAAUUUGAUUAUGUUUUCUGUUUUGCCACUACAAGUUGGCCUAUAUCAUCAAGAAGCUGGAUUGACAGAUGUCAAGAAUACACCUGGCCGCUUGUAUCUGUGUUAGAAAAAAUUCUAAGAAAUGGUUUUCAUUGUAUGCCUACUGGAAGUAAAAUUGAAUCGACUUCUAACGAAUUAGAAUGGAGGAUAUCCUUUUCUCUAGCUGAACAACAAUUGGUGUAUACAAUGAAUCGUACACAAUUUCUAUGUUACGCACUUCUUAAAAUAUUUUUGAAGGAAGUUAUCAACCACAGGAGGGAACCAUUACUGUGUUCAUAUUUUAUAAAGACCACCAUAUUCUGGAAAAAUGCAAUUGGGAUACAUUAGAUGGUGUCCGAACAAUUUACUCGAUUGCUUCUGGAAGUGUUUGAAAUAUCUUAUUCAUUGUGUAUAUCAAGGAGUGUUUCCGAAUUUUUUUAUUACAUUGAAUAACAUGUUCAUAAACAAAGUAGUUGGGAAUGCUCGUGGAUCUCUUUUGCAACAACUCUACCGUUAUUACAGAAUGGGGGUAUCCUGUCUACUGCUCAGUCCAACUCUCAGAUUAAUCCUCGAACCAGCUCUUCGUAGCCUGUCCUUUUUAUUAUCCUCUGUUGAGGAAGAAGCCAUUGCAAAUAUAGAUAUGUGUUGUGUAAAAGAAAUAUUUAAUAUAUCGCUUCCUGCACCACAUAUUUUGAUUUAUUGUAUAUACUUGAAAUCCAUUGAUACAUGUAUAAUAUCUCAAAAAUCGUUUUCGCCAUACCAGUUAUUAGUAUUACAGUACUGUAUGGCUGAAUGUCUCGUCAGGCUAGUCUUCGCAUCGGCAAGCGAUAGUUCAUGCUACUCACAUAAAAAUGUGUACGUCUUAGAUAGAAUGAUUUGUAACGUGCUGAAACUGGCAGGAAGGUUGGGUCAUGUGUCUCAUUUAGUAUACCUGGCCUUAUAUUACUGUAGA